GACGUAUGUUCAACGAGGCGGGGAGGGAGAGAGGAAGCGGGAGGAUGCAGCCCAGUCGGUCCUCCUCCCGUAUAUAAAUUCUCCAACCAAAGCAUUUUUCUUCCUCUUUCUGUUACCUGGCACAAGGGGAGCAGCAGCUGAGUGAUCGCUCAACCUUGAAACUGAUAAAUCAUGGGAAAGGAAAAGAUCCACAUUAACAUCGUGGUUAUCGGCCACGUCGACUCCGGAAAGUCAACCACCACCGGUCAUCUGAUCUACAAAUGCGGUGGAAUCGACAAGAGAACCAUCGAGAAGUUCGAGAAGGAAGCCGCUGAGAUGGGCAAGGGCUCCUUCAAAUAUGCCUGGGUGCUGGACAAACUGAAGGCAGAGCGUGAGCGUGGUAUCACCAUUGACAUUGCUCUCUGGAAAUUUGAGACCACCAAGUACUACGUCACCAUCAUUGAUGCCCCUGGGCACAGAGAUUUCAUCAAGAACAUGAUCACUGGUACUUCUCAGGCUGACUGUGCUGUGCUGAUUGUUGCUGGUGGUGUUGGUGAAUUUGAGGCUGGUAUCUCCAAAAAUGGACAGACCCGUGAGCAUGCCCUGCUUGCCUUCACCCUGGGAGUGAAACAGCUUAUUGUUGGAGUCAACAAGAUGGACUCCACCGAGCCCCCUUACAGCCAGGCUCGUUUUGAGGAAAUCACCAAGGAAGUCAGCGCCUACAUCAAGAAGAUUGGCUACAACCCUGCCACUGUUGCCUUUGUCCCAAUUUCUGGAUGGCAUGGUGACAACAUGCUGGAGCCCAGCACAAACAUGGGCUGGUUCAAAGGAUGGAAGGUUGAGCGCAAGGAGGGUAAUGCUAAUGGUGUUACUCUUCUUGAUGCCCUGGAUGCCAUCUUGCCCCCCAGCCGCCCCACUGACAAGCCCCUCCGUCUGCCACUUCAGGAUGUCUACAAAAUUGGAGGUAUUGGAACCGUGCCUGUGGGUCGUGUGGAGACUGGAGUCCUCAAGCCUGGCAUGGUUGUGACUUUUGCUCCUGCCAAUGUGACCACUGAGGUUAAGUCUGUUGAGAUGCACCAUGAGUCCCUUACUGAGGCUACACCUGGUGACAAUGUCGGCUUCAACGUCAAGAACGUGUCUGUCAAGGACAUCCGUCGUGGUAAUGUGGCUGGAGACAGCAAGAAUGAUCCCCCUAUGCAGGCUGCCACUUUCACAGCUCAGGUCAUCAUCCUCAAUCACCCUGGUCAGAUCUCUCAGGGCUAUGCCCCUGUCCUGGACUGCCACACUGCUCACAUUGCCUGCAAGUUUGCUGAGCUCAAGGAGAAGAUUGACCGUCGUUCUGGCAAGAAGCUUGAGGACAACCCCAAGGCCCUUAAAUCUGGAGAUGCUGCCAUUGUUGAGAUGAUCCCUGGCAAGCCCAUGUGUGUGGAGAGCUUCUCUACCUAUCCUCCUCUUGGUCGCUUCGCUGUGCGUGACAUGAGGCAGACCGUUGCUGUUGGUGUCAUAAAGAGUGUUGAGAAGAAAAUCGGAGGUGCUGGCAAGGUCACAAAGUCUGCACAGAAAGCUGCCAAGACCAAGUGAAUUUCCCUGUACCAUGCUGUUCCAAAGGUUGUGGAAUGUUCUCCCCAGCCUCCUGGAAUUUCUCUAAACCUGGGCACUCUACUUAAGGACUGGUUAAUGCUGAUUAAAACCCAUCGGAAAAAUUUUCGCAGGAAAGGAAACCAACUUGGAUUAAGUGUGGCUCCAUUUAUUGAUUGAGUGCCUCUUUCAGUUGUUAAAUUUGAGUUGAAGUGGCUUAGAAAUUCACCUGUUGCCACAGUAAAAUUUUGGAAGAAAGCUGCUGAUAAAACUAAUAAAGGUAUUAAAAAUUGAA